AUGGCGGCGCAGGUGGAUUUGUUACCCCUGGAAACUUUUCCGUCUCACGUGUGUCCACUGGACGUGCUGGUUUCCAGACAUCAGCUGCCUUCGCUUUUCCGCGACGACACGGAAACUCCCACCGUCUUGUUCACCCCGCUGCGGCCGCUUCCGCGCAGUUCGGCCGUCCUGCUUCGCGUGCGGGCGCUCGGCGACGAGGAGUCGGCGAGCGUGGAGGGGGCGACGGUAGUUCCGCCGCCGACGGGCCGAGUGAGGCUCUUUGCCAGCGGCUUGUUCUUGCGGCUGCGCGGCUUCCCGGCGGCCGGCGCCCGCGGGACAGCGCGGCCCGUGGCGCCCGUCGACCUGCACCGAGUGGUGCUGGGAGUCCGCGGCGGGGCUUCUCCGGAGCGGGAAGACGCCGACGGCUUCGCGGCCCAACUGCUGGAACUUUGCCGGGCUGGACGCCUUCUGCUGGCCCGUCGCGGAGAGCCGCUGGGCGCUCAAUUCACGGGACAGAUGGCAGACGCACUGGUGCUGUCGUGCGAUCCGGUCACGCAGGGCCGCAUCACGGCCGACACCGCCGUGGUGCUGAGCGACGGCGGAGAUGAGACCCCGCCCCCCAGGAAGCUCCAGCUCUGCGCCUCGGACUUUGCUCGCGUCGCCGCCGCCGGCUCGGUCGGCGACCGCUCUUUCCUGGACCGUCCGGAAGAGACUGAGCGACGGCUGGACAUCCGCGUGGCCGACGUGUGGCGCCACGACCGGGACGUAGAUGCCGGCGUGUACGUGGGCCGACGCGCGCUGCUCAGGUUGGGCUUGUUUGACGGCGAGUGGGUCAAAGUGCGGGCGGCGGGCCGGGCCCGCAGCUGGCGGGCGGCCACCGUGGCGGCCUUGCCCUCGGAUGAUGACGACGCCGUUGUAUCGGCGAUACUGUGGUUCAACUUGACGGGCGGUGAAGAGACGGCGGCCGCUACUUGUCGCCUCAGAGUCAAGAGAUGGCGGCGGGUGGGAAACGACGACGUUGCUGCCAGCUCCGCCUCUUCCUCUCGCUCCGCCUCGCCACCGUGGGCCGGCGAGCUUCACCUGCGGCCGGUGGCGUCUCCGUGGCGAGGCGUUCCGGACGCCGUGCUGGCCGCGCACUUCUCCGUCCCCAGGCUGGUGGCGCCGGGGGACGUCCUACGGGUUUCCGCCCGGAAUCACCCGGACCUGAUGGAGGACACCUCUCGCGGGUGUCGGGCGCUGUUUUUUGUGGUGGAAAGGGCGUGUCUUCCAGACCAGACAGAAGAAACAGACGCUUUUUACCUGGCUGACAGACGGCACACCUCCCUCUUCAUGGGGGCGCAUGUCAACAACUCGGUUCCUUUCGACGGCUCGGAGCUGCCGCUGUGUCCGGAACGGACGGUGGACGCCAUUGAACAUGUCUUGCGCCCGCACACGCGAUGUGGCGACGGAGGUUCCCUCUCCGCGUGCCGCCUCCUGGUUUACGGGCCGGCGGGAAGCGGCAAAACCAUGGCGGUGGUGGCGGCCAGCUUUCGGCUUCACCUUCGCCUGAUCAAGGUGGACUGCGUAGACGUGCGCGGCGACACGCCGGCUGCCACUGAGGCGCGCUUGGCUUCUGCUUUUGAGCGCGCCGACGCCGCGCAACCUUGCCUGGUCCUGCUCAGAAACCUGCAGCUCCUCCUGCGAAGCCGCGGGGGCGCCGAGGAUGACGCCCGCGUCCGAGCGGCGCUCUGCCGCGUAGUACGCGGCGCCCCUGACGGGGUGGCGGUGGCGGCUACCGUCCGCAAACCUCGACAGCUGCCUCCUGAUGUGGCGGCGGCGUUCGUACACCAAGUGGCGGUCGAAAAUGUGGACGAGGAACGACGCCGGGACAUUCUGAAGCGACUUUGCCGGGACCUACGCCUCGACCGGGACGUCGACACGGAGAAACUCGCUCAAGUCACUGCAGGUUUCGUGUUGGGCGACUUGCGCGCCCUGCUGGUGGAGGCGGGCCGUGCCGCGUGCAAACGACUGGUCCUGGCUUGUCCGGGUCGGCUGGAGGCAGACGUGUGUGCCGGCGGCGUGACCGUCCGACAGCGGGACUUCCUGUCGGCUCUGCAAACAUUUCAGGAUGUCCAAUCGGAGGCCGUCGGUGCCCCGAAGAUUCCAGCCGUGAGCUGGGAGGACGUGGGUGGCCUGGAGCUGGCAAAGAAGGACAUCCUGGACACGCUGCAGCUUCCUCUGCGGCAUCCGCAGCUCUCGUCCCUCAAGCUGAACCGUACGGGAAUUCUGCUGUACGGGCCUCCGGGCACGGGCAAGACCCUGCUGGCUAAGGCCGUGGCCACCGAAUGUGCCAUGACCUUUCUCAGCGUGAAAGGUCCCGAACUGCUCAACAUGUACGUCGGUCAGAGCGAGGAGAAUAUCCGAGAAGUUUUCCAGAAAGCGCGGUCGGCGGCACCGUGCGUGGUCUUCUUCGACGAGCUGGACUCGCUGGCGCCCGGCAGGGGGCGCGGCGGUGACUCCGGCGGGGUGAUGGACAGGGUGGUGUCUCAGAUGCUGGCCGAGUUGGACGCGCUGGACGCUUCGGCCGGGGUUUUUGUCCUCGGCGCCACCAACCGACCGGACCUGCUGGACCCGUCCCUGCUCAGGCCCGGAAGGUUCGACAAGCUGGUCUACAUCGGGAUCGAUCCGGACCCGAACUCUCGACUCAAGGUCCUCCGGGCCGUCCUCAGAAACUUCCACCUGGACGACGCCGUGGACCUGGCUCAAGUGUCGGAGCGUUGUCCAGCCCGUGUGACCGGCGCCGACCUGUACGCCCUGUGCUCGGACGCCGCCACGGUCGCCGUCAAGCGGAAGAUCCGCGACAUCGAACGCGGUUUGGAUACGGAGGACUCGCCGCCGCGUCUCACCAUGGACGACUUUGAGGCGGCGCUUCGCGACUUCCGGCCGUCGCUGUCGGAAGAGGAAGCGGCGAGAUAUCGACGCCUUCAACAAAAGUUAACCAGCCAGUGGUCUUUUCCAUUAGGAGUUAGCUUCACUCUAGUUUUAUACACUUAG